GACGCUCUCAAACACACACAUAGAGGGAGAUAUAAUUGGAGGGAGUGAGCGGGGAGAAGAGAACGGAGUGUGUGUGAGGAGUUGAUAUCACGGGCUUAGGGAGGGAUACAGUACUGUACAGUUGUCAGAGGGAGGAUUCGGAUAUCCGGUUAGCGGAGCAGCAUGAUCUUAACUGCGGGUAGUGCCUCUUCAACCGCGGUGAUCUCACCGACAACUGUGGAUUGACAGAUAGGCGCACAGAGAAACAUACCGAGGACACAUUUACCCCAGAAAGAGUGUGAGGGUUUGUUUGUGUGUUGGUGUAACCACAUGAGCUCAUUGCUUGCCCAUGUGUCCUGACUGGGUUCGACUUCUCUGCCCGUGAUAACAUCCAAACGGAGGGAUGGGCUGCAGGCUUCCUAAACUGCGGAGGACUGGGGAGGAGAAGAGUCCCGGGAAGAUCUACUCCACCCUCCGACGACCGCAGGUGGAGACCAAGGUGGGCGUGGCCUACACCUACCACUUUCUGGACUUCCUGCUGGGGAAGGAAGAGGUGUCUGUGUCCUCAGUACUGUGUCUGUCGUCAGUGAGAGAGUUACCAGUCCAGGUGAGGGAGCUGUAUGGUCAGGGUUUUGUCCUGGUGGCUGUCCAUCCCUUUGUCCACCCUUGUGGCCCCAGGCCCGCACGCAUCCAACGCCAGCUACACAGAGCCGUCCUCAUCAGAGAGACACACAGUUCAGAGAACCAGCUGAAGUGGGCGGGGCUUCGCCUGGAGACAGACGUGUGUGUGGCGGGUCAACAGGACCCUGACCCAGAAGUCAUCCAGAACUACGUGAAGAAGAUCCAGGACAUGGCGGAGCAGGGUAUGCUGUUUGUGGGCUUCCUGCAGCAGCCUGGCGGGGGACCCUGUUUCCUGGGGCACUUGGACCCUGAGGACCUGUCCUCCCUGCACUCCAGCCCCUCCCCCAUACACAGACACCCCACCAGUCCCUCAGAACCCACGAUACCGGAUCCCAGCCCUACAGACUCUGCAGAACCCCACCAGAACCUCCUAGAACCAGAACACAACCGGAACACAGAAGUGAAAACACCAGAACACAAGUCGGUUGACCUCAGAACAAUUGAGCAGAACCCUACAGAUACCAGUCAGGUGGAGCUGGACUUGAGCUCCACAGGACCGCUAGAUCUCACACAGGACUCUACUCCAAUAGAAUCAUCAAACAGAGAACACGACCACAGUCCAGGCAAAAUAGCCUCAAUAGAAGACCAACCAAACCGCUGUCCAGAUGAACCAGCAGACUCACCAGAGAGACCCAGCCAAAGAGAUCCAUCUAGUGACCAACAGAACCACAACCACGCCCCAACAGAACUCCCUGGCGACCAGGAUCAACUACAUUCUAACAACACAAUAGAGACCACAUGUAUAGAGAGACAACAGAAUGAAAGCCAAGCAGAAUUCAUCAGGAUUCUACUACCCAACUUCAGCCCAACAGAGUUAACACAUGGACUUGGUGGUCCAGACGCAGACAGACCGUGCCAGGGAGACAGACAGAGUCCAAGCCCUCAGACACAGAACCACAACCAGAGACCGGAAAUAGACCACGGCUCAGACAACCUGGUCCGGUCACCAGAACUAGACAACGGUGACCACGGGUCAGAGUCCGGGGCUGAGAGGGGGUGUAACCAUAGAAACGAGGGCACGGGCGGUGACCCGGAUGAGCAUCUGAGGAGCAGCAGAGUUCCGACCCACAACAACAACAAUCACAUCCGGGUCAAGAGUCCAGACAGAGAAAAGAGGGCUGUAGGGUCUCCACCAGCACAGAGCAGGGUGCAGCUGUUUGCCCUGUACAACCACACGGGGGAGCUGUCCAGCUCUCUGAGGUUCUACUCCCUCAGGGUUCCGCUGCAGCUGCAGAGAGAGGCAGGGCUAGUGACUGAGGUUGACGCCCACUGGCUGGACCACAUGACCCAGCAUUUCAUCAGCGGAGCUCACCUCAUCGACGGCUUCUUUCACAUUGGAGACGACAAUGACAGCGGGGUCUCCUCCGUGGACAGUGUGUUCAUCUUUCAGAGCUCCUCAGAAGAAACCCCACCCACUUCAUACGACGCCAUCGUGGUGGAGCAGUGGACCAUUGUCGAUGGUGUAGUGGUAAGGACAGACUACAUACCCUUGCUCCAGUCUCUGGCUCCCUAUGGAUGGAGACUGACGUGUGUGCUGCCUACUCCCAUCGUUAAGACCAACAGUGAUGGCAGUUUGUCCACAAAGCAGAUCCUCUUCCUCCAGAGACCUGCCUUGCAACGCAACAGGAAAGAGUUCAAGAAGUUGAACCUCAGGGGUCGGAACAAGCCGAAGAAAAACUCUGCUGGAGAAAUGCUAGAGAAGAAAGAGGAGAGAAAGGACACAUCCCCAGUGAUGGAGAGAGGGAUGGAUGGACAGAAGAGGAACAUGGAAGAGGAGGAGGAGAGAGAGGCGAGAAGGAAUUGUGAGAACAAAAGAUAUGAGAAAGGGAGAACCGUAGACAGAGAAGGAAUCAAGAGAGAAGAGGAGAGAGAGUGCGAGACAGAAUUUCAAGAAGACUUCACCCAGGGUACAGAGGGUGGGGCCACAGACCUCAACCAGGAAGUAGAGCGGGGGAAUGGCAAAGCCCUAUUGGCCAGACAUGAGAAGGCCGUUAGGUUUGCAGAUCAAUUUGUCAAUCAGAAGAAUGAUGAAGAGAAAUCAGAGGAGAAGAUCACACAGCAGCUGAGUGAGAGAGCGCUGUUUUCUGGAGUAUGUUAAUUAGAUAUAAUUAAAUAUAAAGCGCCUGAGUAGGAGUGCUGAUCUAAUGAAUAAGCGGGGAACUGAUCCUACAUCAGCACCCCUACUCUGAGAUGUGUUCUGAAUAACGUUACAGGCCCUGACCUGGAUUCAAAUAGUAUUUGUAAGAUUGCUUGAUUGAGCUUGCAUGGUGCCUUGCCUAGAUGGAACCAAUGGAAAAGUACCAAAAGUGCAAACCCAGCCCACCUGACACUCUAGGCACGCUCAGCAAGUUGUAAUAUUUCAAACAGCCUACUAUUUUAACCCUGGAAUGGAAAUAAUAAAUAUAAAGAAUGACAGAAUAGGAUGAAGCACUAGUAGCUCAUCGAUUGAAACCAAGGCACUUAACAGAAUGGUGGUUAAGUUAUAUUCCUGGUACUGUAUCAAACCUGGAGUCGUAUACAGUAUAUACUGUAUAUAUAUAUAUUGUUAAACGAGUCAUUAACUCAUUUUUCAACUACUCCACAAAUGUAUUGUUAACAAACUAUAGUUUUGGCAAGUCGGUUAAGACAUCUACUUUGUGCAUGACACAAGUCAUUUUUCCAACAAUUGUUUACAGACAGAUUAUUUAACUUAUAAUUCACUGUAUCACAAUUCCAGUGGGUCAGAAGUUUACAAAUACUAAGUUGACUGUGCCUUUAAACAGCUUGGAAAAUUCCAGAAAAUGAUGUCAUGGCUUUAGAAGAUUCUGAUAGGCUAAUUGACAUCAUUUGAGUCAAGAAGAGCUGUACCUGUGGAUGUAUUUCAAGGCCUACCUUCAAACUCAGUGCCACUGCUUGACAUCAUGGGAAAAUCAAAAGAAAUCAGCCAAGACAUCAGAAAAAAAUGGUAGACCUCCACAAGUCUGGUUCAUCCUUGGGAGCAAUUUCCAAACGCCUGAAGGUACCACGUUCAUCUGUACAAACAAUAGCACGCAAGUAUAAACACCAUGGGACCACACAGCCGUCAUACCGCUCAGGAAGGAGACGCGUUCUGUCUCCUAGAGAUGAAUGUACUUUGGUGCGAAAAGUACAACAGCAAUGGACUGUGUGAAGAUGCUGGAGGAAACAGGUACACAAGUAUCUAUAUCCACAGUAAAACAAGUCCUAUAUUGACAUAACCUGAAAGGCCGCUCAGCAAGGAAGAAGCCACUGCUCCAGAACCGGCAUACAAAAGCCAGACUACGGUUUGCAACUGCACAUGGGGACAAAGAUCAUACUUUUGGAGAAAUGUCCUCUGGUCUGAUUAAACAAAAAUUGAACUGUUUGGCCAUAAUGACCAUCGUUGUGUUUGGAGGAUAAAGGGGGAUGCUUGCAAGCCAAAGAACACCAUCCCAACCGUGAAGCACAGGGGUGGCAGCAUCAUGUUGUGGGGGUGCUUUACUGCAGGAGGGACUGGUGCACUUCAGAAAAUAGAUGGCUUCAUGUGAGGGAAAAUUAUGUGGAUAUAUUGAAGCCACAUUUCAAGACAUCAGUCAGGAAGUUAAAGCUUGGUCGCAAAUGGGUCUUCCAAAUGGACAAUGACCCCAAGCAUACUUCCAAAGUUGUGGCAAAACGACUUAAGGACAACAAAGUCAAGGUAUUGGAGUGGCCACCACAAAGCCCUGACCUCAAUCCUAUAGAAAAUGUGUGGGCAGAACUGAAAAAGCGUGUGCGAGCAAAGAGGCCUACAAACCUGACUCAGUUACACCAGCUCUGUCAGUAGGAAUGGGACAAAAUUCAGCCAACUUAUUGUGGGAAGCUUGUGGAAGGCUACCCGAAACGUUUGACCCAAGUUAAACAAUUUAAAGGCAAUGCUACCAAAUACUAAUUGAGUGUAUGUAAACUUCUGACCCACUGGGAAUGUGAUGAAAUAAAUAAAUCAUUCUCUCUACGAUUAUUCUGACAUUUCACAUUCUUAAAAUAAAGUGGUGAUCCUAACUGAACUAAGACAGGGAAUUUUUACUAAGAUCAAAUGUCAGGAAUUGUGAAAAACGGAGUUUAAAUGUAUUUGGCUAAGGUGUAUGUAAACUUCCGACUUCAACUGUAUAUAUAUAUGUGCACAUAUGUAUAGAUAUAUAUAUAUCUAUACUACCGGUCAAAAGUUUAAGAAGGCCUACUCAUUCAAGGGUUUUUCUUUAUUUUUACUAUUUUCUACAUUGUACAGUCGUGGCCAAAAGUUUUGAGAAUGGCACAAAUAUUCAUUUUCACAAAGUCUGCUGCCUCAGUUUGUAUGAUGCCAAUUUGCAUAUACUCCAGAAUGUUAUGAAGAGUGAUCAGAUGAAUUGCAAUUAAUUGCAAAGUCCCUCUUUGCCAUGCAAAUGAACUGAAUCCCCCAAAAACAUUUCCACUGCAUUUCAGCCCUGCCACAAAAGGACCAGCUGACAUCAUGUCAGUGAUUCUCUCAUUAACACAGGUGUGAGUGUUGACGAGGACAAGUCUGGAGAUCACUCUGUCAUGCUGAUUGAGUACGAAUAACAGACUGGAAGCUUCAAAAGGAGGGUGGUGCUUGGAAUCAUUGUUCUUCCUCUGUCAAUCAUGGUUACCUGCAAGGAAACACAUGCCAUCAUCAUUGCUUUGCACAAAAAGGGCUUCACAGGCAAGGAUAUUGCUGCCAGUAAGAUUGCACCUAAAUCAACCAUUUAUCGUAUCAUCAAGAACUUCAAGGAGAGCGGUUCAAUUGUUAUGAAGAAGGCUUCAGGGCGCCUAAGAAAGUCCAGCAAGCGCCAGGACCGUCUCCUAAAGUUGAUUCAGCUGCGGGAUCGGGGCCCCACCAGUACAGAGCUUGCUCAGGAAUGGCUGCAGGUAGGUGUGAGUGCAUCUGCAUGCACAGUGCGGUGAAGACUUUUAGAGGAUGGCCCGGUGUCAAGAAGGGCAGCAAAGAAGUCACUUAUCUCCAGCAAAAAUAUCAGGGACAGACUGAUAUUCUGCAAAAGGUACAGGGAUUGGACUGCUGAGGACUGGGGUAGAGUAAUCUUCUCUAAUGAAUCCCCUUUCCGAUUGUUUGGGGCAUCCAGAAAAAAGCUUGUCUAGAGAAGACAAGGUGAGUGCUACCAUCAGUCCUGUGUCAUGCCAACAGUAAAGCAUCCUGAGACCAUUAAUGUGUGGGGUUGCUUCUCAGCCAAGGGAGUGGACUCACUCACAAUUUUGCCUAAGAACACAGCCAUGAAUAAAGAAUGGUACCAACACAUUCUCCAAGAGCAACUUCUCCCAACCAUCCAGGAACAGUUUGGUGACGAACAAUGCCCUUUCCAGCAUGAUGGAGCACCUUGCCAUAAGGCAAAAGUGAUAACUAAGUGGCUCGGGGAACAAAACAUCAAUAUUUUGGGUUCAUGGCCAGGAAACUCCCCAGACCUUAAUCCCAUUGAGAACUUGUGGUCAAUCCUCAAGAGGCGGGUGGACAAACAAAACCCCACAAAUUCUAUCAAACUCCAAGCAUUGAUUAUGCAAGAAUGGGCUGCCAUCAGUCAGGAUGUGGCCCAGAAGUUAAUUGACAGCAUUCCAGGGCAGAUUGCAGAGGUCUUGAAAAAGAAGGGUCAACACUGCAAAUAUUGACUCUUUGCAUCAACUUCAUGUUUUUUUAUUUUUUUAUUUUUUAUUUAACCUUUAUUUAACCAGGUAGGCAAAUUGAGAACACGUUCUCAUUUACAAUUGCGACCUGGCCAAGAUAAAGCAAAGCAGUUCGACACAUACAACAACACAUAGUUACACAUGGAGUAAAACAAACAUAUAGUCAAUAAUACAGUGAAAAAAAAUAAGUCUAUAUACAAUGUGAGCAAGUGAGGUGAGAUAAGGGAGGUGAAGGCAAACAGAUAUAUGUAUAAAUAAAUAAAAAUAUAAAAAGGCCAUGGAGGCGAAGUGAGUACAACACAGCAAGUAAAAUAAAAACUAAAAAACACUGGAAUGGUUGGUUUGCAGUGGAAGAAAGUGCAAAGUAGAGACAGAAAUAAUGGGGUGCAAAGGAGCAAAAUAAAUUAAUAAAUAAAUACAGUAGGUAAAGAGGUAGUUGUUUGGGCUAAAUUGUAGAUGGGUUAUGUACAGGUGCAGUAAUCUAUGAGCUGCUCUGACAGCUGGUGCUUAAAGCUAGUGAGGGAGAUAGGUGUUUCCAGUUUCAGAGAUUUUUGUAGUUCGUUCCAGUCAUUGGCAGCAGAGAACUGGAAGGAGAGGCGUCCAAAGGAAGAAUUGGUUUUGGGGGUGACUAGAGAGAUAUACCUGCUGGAGCGCGUGCUACAGGUAGGUGCUGCUAUGGUGACCAGCGAGCUGAGAUAAGGGGGGACUUUACCUAGCAGGGUCUUGUAGAUGACCUGGAACCAGUGGGUUUGGCGACGAGUAACUUCAUGUAAUUGUCCAUAAAAGCCUUUGACACUUUGACACUCAUGAAAUGCUUGUAAUUAUACUUCAGUAUUCCAUUGUAACAUCUGACAAAAAUAUCUAAAGACACUGAAUCAGCAAACUUUGUGUAAAUUAAUAAGUGUCGUUCUCAAAACUUUUGGCCACGACUGUAGAAUAAAAUUGAAGACAUCAAAACUAUGAAAUAACACAGAUGGAAUCAGGUAGUAACCACAAAAGUGUUAAACAAAUCAAAAUAUAUUUUAUAUUUGAGAUUCAAAUAUCCACCCUUUCCCUUGAUGACAGAUUUGCAAACUCUUGGCAUUCUCUCAACCAGCUUCACCUGGAAUGCUUUUCCAACAGUCUUGAAGGAGUUCCCACAUAUGCUGAGCACUUGUUGGCUGCUUUUUCUUCACUCUGCGAUCCAACUCAUCCCAAACCAUCUCAAUUUGGUUGAGGUUGGGGGAUUGUGGAGGCCAGGUCAUCUGAUGCAGCACUCCAUCACUCUACUUGUUGGUAAAAUAGCCCUUACACAGCCCGGAGGUGUGUUGGGUCAUUGUCCUGUGGAAAAAAAUGGAUACGCCAUCCCAUCUGGUUUGCGCUUAGUGGAACUACCAGUCUCAACAUCAAGAGUGAAGAGGUGACUCUAGGAUGCUGGCCUUCUAGGCAGAGUUGCAAAGAAAAAGCCAUAUCUCAGACUGACCAAUAAAAAUAAAAGAUUAAGAUGGGCAAAAGAAGACAGACACAGGACAGAGGAACUCUGCCUAGAAGGCCAGCAUCCCAGAGUCGCCUCUUCACUGUUGACAUUGAGACUGGUGUUUUGUGGUACUAUUUAGUGAAGCUGCUAGUUCAGGACUUGUGAGGCGUCUGUUUCUCAAACUAGACACUCUAAUGUACUUGUCCUCUUGUUCAGUUGUGCACCAAGGCCUCCCACUCCUCUUUCUAUUCUGGUUAGAGCCAGUUUGCGCUGUGCUGUGAAGGGAGUAGUGCACAGCGUUGUACAAGAUCUUCAGUUUCUUGGCAAUUUCUCGCAUGGAAUAGCCUUCCUUUCUCAGAACAAGAAUAGACUGACGAGUUUCAGAAGAAAGUUGUGUUUCUGGCCAUUUUGAGCCUGUAAUCGAACUCACAAAUGCUGAUACUCCAGAUACUCAACUAGUCUAAAGGCCAGUUUUAUUGCUUCUUUAAUCAAAACAACAGUUUUCAGCUGUGCUAACAUAAUUGUAAAAGUGUUUUCUAAUGAUCAAUUAGCCUUUUAAAAUUAUAAACUUGGAUUAGCUAACACAACGUGCCAUUGGAACACAAGAGUGAUGGUUGCUGAUAAUGGGCCUCUGUACAUCUAUGAAGAUAUUCCAUAAAAAAUCUACUGUUUCCAGCUACAAUAGUCAUUUACAACAUUGACAAUGUCUACACUGUAUUUCUGAUCAAUUUGAUGUUAUUUGAAUGGACCAAAAAUGUGUUUUUCUUUCAAAACCAAGGACAUUUCUAAGUGACCCCAAACUUUUGAACGGUAGUGUAUAUAUAUGGAUUUGUGUAUAUUCAUAUGGACUGCUGCCAACGUGUAACGGCUUCAAUCUUCCUUCAAGGCACACAUUUCACCUUCUGGCCUCAGAUGUUGUCGUUUGGAGUAGGGUGAAGUGGCCCCUAGAUGCUGAUCUUGGGUCAGUUUUUGCAUUUCCCCCACAAAUGGUCAAGGUUAGGAUUGAGGGAGGGUUCUAGAUCUGUACCUAAGGGAAACUUCACCCUGGAGUGUUGUAAUGUACUCACCUAGUAGGCAUUAUUUGCAAUUUUAAACUGGGUGGUUUGAACCCUGAAUUCUAAAUGGCUGAAAGGCAGGGUAUUUCAGACCGUAUACCACGGGUACGACAAAACAUUUUGUUUUACUGCUCUAAUUACGUUGGUAACCAGUUUAUAAUAGCAAUAAGGCUCUUCCGGGGUUUGUGAUAUAUGGCCUAUACACCACGGGUAAGAGCUGUGUCCAAGCACUCCGCGUUGCGUCAUGCUUAAGAACAGCACUUAGCCGUGGUAUAUUGGCCAUACACCACACCUCCUCGGGCCUUAUUGCCUAAAUAUGUGGAGAUGCUUUUGUACAGUUGUGCAUCUGCUUUGGGCCAAUGAGAAUACGCCAAUAAUGUAGGUCAGAGCCUUAAUUGCCAAGGUAACAUCAAUCAUACCACUGUUUAUAGAUCUAUUUGACAUGUAUCAUAGAAUACUGUACAUUUAAGGAGAUUCUCUCCACCUUUAUCUAACCCAUUUAAAGUCAAGGACAAUGGCCCUGUGUGAAUACUGAAAAAUGUAUCCUCCCUUCAUUUAUCAUGAUUGCACUUAACCCUAAUUGCUCCUGUAAGUCGCUCUGGAUAAGAGCGUAUGCUAAACGAUUAAAAUGUAAAUGUAACGAUUGGAUAGGUGUCACUGUAUAGCUUUCCCCAAUCAUGUUAUGUUAGGUCAGUGAUUAUACUUUACAGAAGGCAUUUAUGGAAUACUUGUACAGCACCAUAGUCCCCUUCCUGUUGUGUGAGUGAUGUGGUAAACAAGCCUGGCACCCUAUUCCCUAUGUAGUGCACUAUAUAGGGAAUAGGGUGCCAUUUGAGACAUAUUCUUUAUUACAGACAAACAGAAGGAAUAAACUGUUCUCAAAACAA